AUGUCUAUACGUCGCACAGGAACGAGGAGGGUGCCACAUGGCGGUGCUCCGGGAGUUCCGAAGCCCAAGACAACUUAUCAGACGGUUCAGCAGGGCUUCAAAGAGUUGUACAACCCUCAGAAGGAGACGGGUUCUGCCAUCGACGUUGACAUUGUAUUUGUACCAGGGCUGGGUGCACACCCAGAAGACAGCUGGAAGUCUGGAUCGGGGUUCAACUGGGCGACCGGUAUCUACGAUGGCAUCUCCAAGAACUCAUCUGAAUCCAGCGGCAAGAAGGAUGGUCUGGCGAGGGAUUUCCCCAAAGCUCGAAUACUGUUGUAUCAAUAUGAGUCGGCGUGGAUCGGAGACCUCAAAGUGAAGACCUUCAUGAAGGACAUUGCCAAGACAAUGCUGGAGGGUCUUCAAGCAAAUCGAGAAAAAAUCCGAGAUCGCCCAAUCGUAUUCAUUGGGCACAGCAUGGGAGGUUUGGUCAUUGCUAAGGCCAUUACGCUUGCCGCAGACACAUAUCGGGAUAUUUUUCCAAGGGUGUUCGAAUGCAUUGCUGGGUGCGCGUUCUUCGGUACACCCUUCGGCGGAGCCCACGUUGCCGCUGUGGCCUCUAUGCUCGGAGAUAUCGGUGAAAAGCUAGGUUACACCAAGUCUUCGGCAUUGGUGAAGAUGAUGACACCCGGAGACGAAAGCUUGAAUGAGCUGCGAGGCGACUUUCUGCGGUUGGCCCUCAAGUUGAGUCCGGCGGUUCAGCUUACUUGUUUCUAUGAGAACCACCCAACCGACUUCACGCAAGAAAGGUACGGCACAACCAUGUCAAAGAUCGCCAAGGCCAUUAUUCCCAAGAAGGACCAGGACUUUGUAACAAGAGAAUCGGCAACUCUGCCUGGAAUCGAGGAGAUGGGUCUCGCGGCCAAUCAUCGAGACCUUGUCAAAUUCACCGACUUCAAGGACCCUCGAUACCAGCUUGUGAGGGAGCCCUUGAAAAGAAUCAUUCAUGGUGCUAACCUCGUGGUAAAAAACCGGCUCAAUUCGACGCGUGGCAUUGAGACAGAAGUAUACAGCGACGUCAUGGAGUUGCUGAACGGUGGUAAAGUGUCGAACAAGCGUGAUAUGCUUGCGCUCCAAUUCCCCCCAUCCAUCUGGAUCCCCAACGAGCCGGUGUAUCUUGACUGGCUAGAAGAGGACCACGAUGCAGAGAGCACGACACAGCAAAACAGAGGACAGGCCCUGUACAUCCGCGGACCAGAAGGAAGAGGAAAGACGCGAGCGACUAUGGCAGCGUUGCAAGGCGUCGACAAGAUGAUCAAGUCUGACAAGAAGGACAACAACGGGCGGGGACCUCUGCUCUCUGCGUACUUCUUCUGCGAACCUUCAACAGACUUCUCGACCGCCGAGGAUCUGCUCAAGUCCCUGGUGCGACAACUCAUCCGUCAGCAGGCCACGCUGGCUGUAUACGCGAAGCACUUUGUGAAGAAGAAGGGCGAUGACUCCUCAAAAACAUCAGCAAACCUCACAGUCGAGAACCUGUGGCAGACCCUUCAGGAUAUCCUCACAGAUGAGUUCAUCGGUCGAAGGGUGUAUUUUGUCAUCAACAAUCUGCACGUCUUGCCCGAGGAUGCUGAUUCGACAAAAAAAUUGAUGCGAUUCCUCAAUGCGGAGAUGCACGAAAUCAACAGCGAGGACGAUAAGCGGGUGCCAACAAGGUGGUUCCUUACAAGCAGAGAGGUCUCGCAUGUUGAAGAUGCUUUGAAAGUGGAUCACAUUCGGCUCAUCGAUCUCGAAGACGACAAGUACUGCGACCAGGUCCAGCUGGAGUUGCGAAAGACAGCGCAGGAAAAGGUUCAAGAACUGGGCAACUCGAAGAAGUACAACAAGGCACUCACAUACUAUGCGAGUAGUCUCAUCGGUAAGCGGGCAUCGAACAGCCAAUGGAUCAAGCUGUCCUGCAUGCAGCUGGCCGAGCUGCCCGAUGCCGAAAGCGAUCUCAAGAUUCGACACAUGCUGGAGAGGAUGCCCCAAGAGCUCAAGGCUCUCCUAGACGCAGCGUGGUCACAGAUUUUUCAUUCGAAUGAGAAGGACUCCGACAAGAUAAAGGAGUUGCUGCGAACGCUCGUUCUCACGUUCGAAGAGCCCACGGAGGACGAGCUUGUCGUUCUCGCCGGAUUCCCAGCCACUGCGGAGGGCAAGGCCGAACUCCAAGACCUAGUCAAGAAAUGUAGGCCACUCUUGACUGUGAAGCGGAGCGGAAAGAACGAGAACACUGUCGGAUUCAUGGAUAGGGUCGUCAAAGAACAUCUUUUGGAGAAGGGGACGUCGAAGAGGACAUUGGGCAUGACGAGUGAUGAGGGGAAAUGGCAGCAGGGUAUCAUCGCCCUCCGAUGUUUGGCACACAUCAAGGAAGUAUUCGACUUUCCUCCAGAAGAGAAACCUGCUGAAGAGGUUUGUGACGAAGACGAAGACCCAGAGGCUCAGCCCGCGGAAGACGAGGAGGACGACGACCGAUCUGAGGCAGACGACCAGAACACCGAGUCGGAAGAAGAUGAUUCAGACAGUGGCACAGAGUGGGAUGAUGAUGAUUCCACCUACGGCCAGUACGACGAGGACAAAGAAACUGAGGAGACUCGGUCGCUAGCCGAAAAAGUUCUGCCGUACCCCGUCAAACAUUGGCUGCAUCAUGCCAGCAAGGCUACGGUGGAGAUAGCUGAGGACCUCAGCAGAGACGACUUUUGGCAGACCGAGUCCUUGAUCCGGCAUCGAUGGCUGAUUGUCUACAUGUCUAUGACAAAGGUCCUUGACGGGUUUGAGAGCAAAGACCUCACCGCUCUGCAUAUCGCUGCCGCGGUUGGCUUCAAGCAGCUCGUGUCGGCCCUCAUCGAAAACGGACACGGAGAUGAGAUCAACAAGCGCGACACUCUCUACAAUACUCCUCUCCAUUUUGCUGCUUACAUCGGAAGACCGAACACAGUGGACGAGUUGAUCAAGCGAGGCGCCAAUAUCGACGACUGCAUCGAGAUCAGCGAGCAGACUCCGUUACACAUGGCCGCAUUUUCCGGUCAUGUUAAAGUUAUGGAAAGGCUGAUCAAAAUGAAUGCCAAUGCAAACGCGAUUGCAAAUGAUGUCGGACCGGUAAUGAACGCCGCCAUAUCGUCUGGUAACCCCGACGCUGUCAGGUUGCUCAUUGAAAACCACGUCUCGUUGGCUGUCGAAGAUGAUAAUAUCGACUCACCACUGGCUCUAGCUGGUCUACAUUCCGACCUCUCCAUGUUCGAGUAUCUUACAAGCACAUAUGCCGACAAGCUCCCGGCCAAGGAGUUCGACAAGGCGUUCAUCAAGGCUGCCGUUUCUGGCAGGGACGCUCUGGAGGCAGCAACUGAAGAGGAGAACUGGGAGAUCGUCAUGAUACUUCUGCAGAAACACCAGGGUCUCAACUGCGACAGUCUUUUCCUGAGUGCGGCAACGACUGCAGAACAUCAAGACAAGGUCUUGGAAGCUGUCUGGGAGUACACAAACGGGAACAUCUCCACCGAAAAACUCAACGAGAGUCUGUACGAAGCCACGGAUCUUGAGAAGGAAUCGACAGUGAAGUUGCUUAUUGAGACGUUCAACGUCGAUCCCAACGCGACCGGGGAAUACUACGGAACCGCCUUGACUGCUGCCGCGUACGACGGAACGCUCGAUAUCGUCAAGCUGCUUCUCGACAGGGGCGCCACGGUUGACUUCCCUAACGGAUGGGCUCUUCAGGCGGCUGCCUUGCAGGGCCACUAUGAUGUAGUCAAAGAACUCCUCGACCGCGGAGUGGACGUCAACGCGUUCACUACCAACGAGAACUUUCCUCAAGGGACGGCCUUACAGGUGGCAUGCGAAUCAGGCAAGCUGGAAAUCGUCACGCUGCUGCUGGAGCACGGUGCGAACCCCAACCUGGGUGCCGGAGAAGACACCUGCCCGCUCAUUGCCGCUGCCUCGAAAGGAGAGCAGGAAAUCCUCAAACUUUUGGUGAAGGCCAGAGCAGACGUCAACGUAUUCGGCGGCUGGGACAAUUCGACGGUGCUGAUCAAUGCGGUUGUCAACCUCCCCGUUGAGUCGCUACAAGUGCUUGUUGAUGCGGGUGCCGACGUCAACCUGGCCGACCAGGAGGCCGACACAGCUUUGAUUGUUGCUGCUCGCGAGGGAGAUGAGGACAGCGUCAGGUUCCUCCUGGAUAACGGGGCCGAUAUCUUCCAUACGAACCAGGAUAACGAAAACGCACUUCAGUCGGCGAUCACAUACGGAGACAAUGACGAGUGCACCGCGGUACUUGUAGAGCGCAUUUCGGAGCUAAUGGCGGCAUUGAAAAAGGCCAUGGCAGAAGGGAACACGGCGGUUGCUAAUGUGGUACGAAGUGUCGGUAACGGAAAUCACGGUCUUAGUUAUGACGACGAGGAAUCUCGGCCGUCACAGGUGCAGGCAGAGAGCGAGUCGGUGACCAGAGACACGCAGCCGAAUCCCAACGACAAGAUAGACGACGAAUCUGAUGAAGAAGAUGGGAAAAAGGCGGAUGAUGACAGCUUGAAGGCAGAGUCGCUCCCGGUUAACGCUCAAAAAGUUGUGGACGAAGCAACCGAAAUGGAUGACAGCUCCUUCCGGCCGGUGAGACAACUAUCCGAAGAACUCGAGGCCGCCCUCACUGCCCAAGUCUCGCUGCUUCACCAGUUCACAUCUGCGCCUCGCAGACCGGAGAAGGUUCCGGAGAGGGAGCCCGUUGAACUUCCUCCGACGACUAUUUCGGAGCUGCCCUCCCAGCAAGGGCAGGUGGACGAAUCGUUCGGCCAUUACGAGUUCGACCAGCUGACUCGCAUCGAGGACUGGCCCGACAAGCCGUCUGAGAAGCCAGCCUUCGUGAAACAGCCAACGCUGCAAUGGGCCUCCCAGGCCGAGAAUGUCCCAACCGAACCGGUGCUCUCACCCGGUCAGGCUCCCAUCCGCCGGAAACCUGCGCCAAGCGUCUCGUUCGGCGCCGCGUAUGCUCAGAACGCUUCCCCUGCACCACCAGCUCCGUACAACAAUCAGUUCCAGGCUCCACCGCCGAGGCUGGAUCAGAAGGCGAGCUUCGACCAGCGUCCUCCCUACCAAAACUCUGCAUCGUACCCCGGGGCACCGGCGUAUCAAGGAGCGGGAUACCCCGGCGCGAGCCAGACGCAACCACAGCUUCCAACUCAAGCAGUUGUCGACAGUAGGACCUCGAAAGAGUACUCUCCUGCGCUGCAGCAGCCGUCGGGCGCCUACCACGCCCCCUACGACCCGUCAUCAUACGGCAGACCAAGUAUGGACACGGCGCCGCAGAAGACGCAGCCGUUCCCGGAUCUGCCCUAUACGGGGCCCGGGGCGUGGCAGAGUAGUCCGCCCCUGAGUGGAGGCCAGCCUCUGCAGCAACAGUCGUAUUUCGGCCCUGGUAACGGGUCACCGCCUCAGCAGCAGGAAUGGUCUGGUCAGGACUCGAGGCCUGACAUGAAGUCGCAUCGUGCGUCGUUUUUAGGCAUGAAGAACACGCUGGACAAGGCGAAGCAGUUUAGUACCGGGAUUAUGAACCGCAGAACAUCUGGAUUCUAA